AGGUCUACACCUGACCUCGUGACGUCACUAGUAACAAAGAUGGCUCUUCUCUCGUGAAACUAUCGGGGGAAAAAAACCGUCCCGCGCGUGAACGAGUGCAUUUCUCUUCUCAGGACGGACCUGCGCGUUUAUGACGCUCCUUUAGGAAACACGUGAUCCGUCACCUGCUGCGGGUUUAAGGCGGAAAACACUCCGUGGACGAGACGGUUUUAGCCGGGCUAGUUUAGCGAGCGGAGGUUACCAUGGCAACGACCGAAUCAGACUUUAGCUAACCGGUAACUGGAAUUAUUCCUCCACUGAAUAUUUCAACAGAAAGUUAUUAGGUGGAAAAGUUGGUUAAAUUCAAACAUAAAUCCGCGUUUUUUUUCAUUUAUAAACGACAUCUGACCGAAAAUAAAAAGAAUUUUUGGUCUAAAAGAGAUCGAAUGAACGUCUAAAUGUAACCUUCAAUACUGGUGUAAAAUCAGACUACCACUGGUCUAAAAAUUAAAGUUUUUUAGACGUCUAAAUUUAGACCAAGUCUAAAUCUGGGCUAUAUCUGUUUAUUGCUCAAUGGCUAUCAUAAUUAUUUUGGUUAAGUACUUGGAGAUCAGUUAUACAAAUCACAGUUGCUUUUUUAAAUAAAUAGUUAUGGAAUAAUUGGUUAAAGUGCAUCAUCUAAAAAAUAUACAGAAUCUAGACGGUUGAAAUUAGGUCUUAAAUAAACUAGACGUCUAAUGCUUAGUGGGAAAAAAAAGUUUUACUAUAAAUACGGAAUAAUGAUUAACAAUAGUAACUGAUUCUUCACCUUUGACCUGUAACAGCUGAUUUAUACUAAAUAUAAGAAUAAAGACUGAUAUAUAACACUUGAAAUAUAAAAAAUCAUACAUUCCUGACUGGACUCUGGAUUUGGACCUGUUCUGUCCCAGUCUGGUUCUGCUCUUCUCAGACCUGAGGUUCAGCCUGGUUCUCUCUUAGACCUGAGGUUCAGCCUGGUCCAGGUCCCGCAGAAAUGGAGCAGUACAGUAUUCUGGGUCGGAUUGGUGAAGGAGCCCACGGGAUCGUGUUCAAGGCCAAGCACAUCGAGGUGACCCGCUGGUUCAAACCCGAACCUGAAUGACAGAAACCCCAGUAGAGAGUAGAGUCAUGGUUUCAGAGGGAAAUGUAGUUUUUGUCGCCUUUGAAUGACUCAGUGAUGCUGUCACAGAUCCUCCUCACCUGUCCUCACCUGUCCUCUUUAUUUGCUCGUUGGUUUUUCGUUAAAGCGUGCUGAUGUCAUUGCUGUGUGCAAUCUUUCUGUCAGACUGGAGAGACGGUGGCUCUUAAGAAAGUGGCUCUGAGGAGGCUGGAGGACGGCAUCCCGAACCAGGCUCUGAGGGAGAUCAAGGCCCUGCAGGAGAUCGAGGACAACCAGCAUGUGAGUUCAGAGGUCCCGUCCUGUCCUCCAUAUAUCUCCUCCCUCUUGGUAUAUCUAACCAUCUGUAUGCAGACGACACUCAGAUCUACGGUAGCUCUCUUAAAUGUCUGCCUGACUGUUUUAAAGACAGAAAAAAAGUUACAUUUCAAUGAAAGGAAAACAGAAUUAAUCAUCUUUGGUUAAAUCGGUUUGAUCUUUGAAUGAUUUUCAGCGAGUCAUUCCUGCUUUUAUUUCCACACUUGGUUGGUUGGACAACUGUAACGCUCUUUACGUCGGUGUUGAUCAGGUUUCUCUCACACACUUACAAUUCGUCCAAAAUGCUGCUGCUCGUUUUUUAACAGGUAAACCAAAACAUGACCACAUCACUCCAAUUCUGGCGUCCCUCCAUUGGCUUCCUGUUCAUUUUAGAAUUCAUUUCAAGAUUUUAUUGCUUGUUUUUAAAUCUUUAAACGGAUCAGCACCACAGUACAUUUCUGACCUCUUAAAUCUUUAUACAUGAGUUGUGUGAUCUCUUUUUAUCACUUUUAUUUCUUUUAUGCUUUUGUGUUUUGAUUUCAUUUCAUUUAUUUUAUUUGAAAUGCUUUUUACCUGCUUUUAUUUAUUUCCUCUUGAUGUUUUCAGCACAAUCUGUUCUUUUAACUUUAUUGUGCAGCACUUUGGUAAACUUGAAUGUUUUUUAAAAUGUGAUGUAUAAAUAAAGCGUAUUAGAUUGGAUUGGAUGAUUAUUCAGAGGUCACGCUCUUACUCCUCCUCCUCAGGUAGUGAAGCUGAAGGAUGUCUUCCCUCACGGUACGGGCUUUGUCCUGGUGUUUGAGUUCAUGUUGUCUGACCUUUUUGAGGUCAUCAGGAACUCAGAGCGACCUCUGACCCCAGCUCAGGUCAAAGGUUACAUGAUGAUGCUCCUAAAGGGCGUGGCCUUUUUGCAUCACAACAACAUCAUGCACCGGGUGGGUACCAAACAAAAUCUAUACCAGAUUCUGAAACUAAAAAAUUCAGUCACAUGUUUGUAAAAUGUCGAAUAGUUCCUGUCGCCCUUCAGAAUAAAAGUCCUGACUGUGUGUGUUUAGGACCUGAAGCCUGCAAACCUCCUCAUCAGCUCCUCGGGUCACCUGAAGAUCGCAGACUUUGGUUUGGCCCGACUGUUCAGUGAGGAAGGAGACAGACUGUACAGCCACCAGGUGGCCACCAGGUAACAACUCCUCACCGACAAGGUGAGCGCUGAGCUCAGGUCCAAUACCAGGAGGAAAAGAGAGGAAAAGAGAAACACGAACCUGUGGUGGGCUUUGGGUUCUGAUGGUGCAGUUAUGUGCAAAUAUUUGCGGGAUAUUCCAGCGUAAAAUGAAUUUGGGGUCAAACACACCGUAACACAGAGUUAGACACCCCCUCCUGUGAUGAAUGUUGCCAACCGCUUGCUUCUCUAGUUAUACCAACUUUAGUAACGACCGCAGGAUAGCAAUACACAGCGGUCUGAGGAGCCAUAAACAAACCUCAAGCAAAACACCACUCUAUAGCCACAAAUAAUGCUCAGAACAGCACCUAACUUCAUCAACAGUACAUAUAGGGUCCCAGCCAUAGUACUAGCCACCAAACAUCUUUUUAACUUUGACUAAUAUUUUUAUUAGUCAAAGUUAACCGAGAGGUUGCUGCAAGUCUGAUCUCUCUGUAUUAUCUGUCAUUUUUGUCAUUUUUGCUUUUUUUUCACAUUUUUGUUGUUUUCUUGUUGGCUGCUGAUGGAUACUUCUGCUGGGUGAAGAGUAGAUUGAGGAAAAGCAAAUCUGGACAACAACAUAAAAUUCCAGAGGACAUCAGGAGGUGUUAUCAUAGUGGCUGUGCUGGAGCAAAGGUGAAGGCAAAGCUGAAUGCUAGGAGGUGGCAAUAUAAACCCUUUCUUCCAUUAAUCAUUAUGGGAAACGUCAACUCUCUGCCCAACAAAAGCGAUGAGCUGGAGAUAUUGGUGAAGACUGAGAGAGCAUACCGUAAGUGCAGUUUCCUGUGUUUUACUGAAACCUGGUUGAAUCAAAACAACUCGGACUCCAGUGUGGAUCUACCUGGCUUCACUCUCAUAAGGUCAGACAGAAAUGCUCAAGCUAGUGGCAAGGAGAAAAGAGGAGGUCUGGCUUUAUUCGUCAACCAGAGAUGGUGUAACCCUUCACACAUAACUGUCAAGGAGAAGUUGUGUUGUCCAGAUAUUGAACUCUUGGCAGUUGCUCUUCGGCCAUAUUAUGUUCCAAGAGAAUUCAGUCAUAAAUUAACAAUAGUUCUUUACAUCCCACUCAAAUCAACUGAAGAAAUUUCUUGCGAUGUUUUGCAUAAUAGUGUUGUAGCAGCUCAAGGAAGAACAUUUAUGAUCAUUUCUUUAUAAUUUUCUUGAAGUAAUAAUCACCAUAUGAAUCAUUUUUCACUGCAGACGCGGUAGUUCUUCUGCCUGAGCGCCUCGGUCUGAUUGUAUUUCCAUGAAGAAAUGAUCCUAAAUGUUCUUCCUUGAGCUGUGUCACCCCGCUGUAGUCCAUAAUGGACUGGUCUGAGGUCUCACUACAAACAAGCGGCUGCUGGAAGAGAGUAGGUGAGUUGUGUUAAGUCUCUUCGCUAAAGAAAUGAGUCAAAGUUAAAGAAAUGUUUGGUGGCUAGUACGAUGGCCGGGACCCUAUAACCUGAGUAGAACACGGUGUAGUUCCGUUCAGUAACAGAACCUCAUUGGAAAAUUUGUUGAUUUAACUUUACUGUGCUCUUGUUCAAAUAUAUUAACUCAACACCACAUAUAUCCAUACCUGUUAACAAAAUCAUUAUUUUAUUGUUAAUUUGGCUCAAUAAAAACACCUCUACCUUUUCAUUUUACUACAGUAGAAGUUUCUUGGCCCACCUUAUAGACUACUUAAGUUUGCUUUCUUAGGAGUUAGAACAACUCUGAAUAUAGUACUAUGGCUGUGACCCUAUAUGUACUGUUGAUGAAGUUAGGUGCUGUUCUGAGCAUUAUUUGUGGCUAUAGAGUGGCGUUUUGCUUGAGGUUUGUUUAUGGCUCCUCAGACCGUUAUGUAUUGCUAUCCUGCGGUCGUUACUAAAGUUGGUAUAACUAGAGAAGCAAGCGGUCAGCAACAUUCAUCUCUGGAGGGGGUGUCUAACUUGGUGUUGCGGUGUGUUUGACCCUUAAUUAACACCAGAAUAUCCCCUUAAUGUGUGUGUAUGUGUUUGAUUUCAGGUGGUACAGAGCUCCAGAGCUGCUGUAUGGAGCCAGGAAGUAUGAUGAAGGAGUGGAUCUGUGGUGAGGAAAUAUCAGCUGUUCAUGUUGAUCUUUGGAAAUGUCACCGAUAACUCCAGAGAUAAGAAGAACUUUAUUAAUUCCCGAAGGGAAAUUCAAUAGAAAAGUCUUCCUGUGUCAAAAACAACACCUAAUUUAUUUUCUCCUCAAUUAUAGAUCUGAUAUAAAAUCAACACAGAUAUGUUUGACAGUUCAAAUAAUAGGGUGUAAUGCUCACAGCUGGUCUGCAGGGGGCAGCAGCAGCCUGAAGUUUGCCUGUGUUUGUGUUUUUCCGUGUUUGUGUUUUUCCGUGGUUCAGGGCAGUCGGCUGUAUUUUCGGGGAGCUGUUGAACUCAUCUCCUCUGUUUCCCGGAGAGAACGACAUCGAACAACUCUGCUGUGUGCUCAGAGUCCUGGGAACCCCGACACAGGACAGCUGGCCUGUAAGAAAGACACAGAAAAGACAUUGAACCUUUCUUUGGUUCAGUUUCUGGAUUUAAAGAGUAGACCCCAGAGUAAAUGCUGCAGGAACAACCCCUGGCCAUACACAUAGAUACACAACUUUAAGUAUUCAUGAACCUAAACUUAGCAAAUGUCUGCGUUUCUGUGCAGGAGAUAGUUGAACUCCCAGAUUACAAUAAAAUUACCUUCAAGGAGAAUCCUGCAAUCCCAUUAGAGGAAAUCGUCCCUGACACGUCUCCUCAGGCCAUCGACCUGCUCUACAAACUCCUGGUUUAUCCGUCCAAACAGCGCUGCUCAGCCAGACAGGUAAGAAACAGGAGAGAGACGACGUGUGUGUGUGUGUGUGUGUGUGUGUGUGUGUGUGUGUGUGUGUGUGUGUGUGUGUGUGUGUCAGAGUCAGGAGGUGGAGUUCCUCAGGGCUCGAGUUUGGGUCCCCUCUUCUUCUCUGUCAGCGGUUUUAGAGUCCGGACACAUUUGUGCCAGAAAGUAUCAUGUGACUUAGCCAUCUUACUUUAUUCCUAUCUGUGUGCAGAAUUAAGGUCCUUGCACACAGGGGCCAACGCAGAUACAGAACACGAAAUUACUAAGUAUUUGGAGGCGAAUUUUGACGCGCCUGACCAUACACAUCAAGCCCGAUGCGAUUUUGACACUUUCUGGGGGAAAAAAGACUUUUCCUGGGGAAAGUCCCGCCUCCUUCGCCUCUGAUUGGCUAGAAAAGCUGGAAACGUCAUCACACGCUCAAGCGAAACGGUCAGCACUUAUGGCCAAUCAGAGGCGAUAAGAUAAGCACAUGAAACUAUGGUAACAACCGGCAGCAUACGUUAGCACGGAUGAAAGUUAAAACAAAGACAUUUAGGAAACUGUUAAAGCACACAAAACAUUGUCAUAUGAGAAAUCCAACACCCUGAAUCUCCACAAGCUUUCCUAUAGAUCGUUAUCUUUGUAAUAUUUGUGUUUUUAUCAAAAAGCACUCUGUUCUCCGACACGUAAACAAUCAGCCGGUCAGCCAUGUUGGAUAUUCGGGUGAAUCUGACAUCGCAACAACACGCAAUCUGAUUGGUCAGAAGUGGACACACAGUAUGUGAAACUUUUGGAAAAUUGACCGCGAUCCGAAAAAAUAAAUGCUGCAAUAUUGCAGGACGGAAAAACGUCGCUGAUGUGAACGCUUGUAUUGGCAGGAUUCGGGUUCAAAAAAAAUUGUUGAUGUCCGAAAUAAUCGCACAAAGAAAUGCUCCCAGUGUGAAAGGACCUUUACAAGUCCACAUACAGUUGUGGCCAAAAUUAUUUGCCCCCCUAUGAAAUUUUCAGUUUCUUUUUCAGAAUUUCCCAAGUGCUGUUCAACAGAUUACCGUAUUUUUCGCACUAUAAGGCGCACCAUCAAUGAACGCGUCUAUUCACAUCUAUUUUCAUACGUAAGGCACACCAGAUUAUAAAGCGCAUUAAGCCAAACAAAACAGUCAGAUAAGUCAAACUUUAUUUAACUUAUUGAAUAACUCCGCGAGGCUACGGUAGCUGCAGUGCUCCGACAAGCCAAAAGGAUUUUAAGUGCGCCAUAUGGUGUGAAAAAUACGGUAAUGAUUUUUUUGCACAUCUUUUCCAAACAUCCUAGCUUUAUUUUGGAUCCUUACAUUAUUUUACUUUGCACACAGAAACAAAAUUAUCUCACAAAAACCAAAAACUACCAGGGUCAAAAAUAUUCGCCCCCUUAAUAAUUCACAUUUUUAUUGAGCCAAAACAAAACCCGCUGUUGUGUAAUCAUGUGCUUUCACUUUGGAGUGCUCAGGAAAUUGUAAUCAAUCAGUUAAUUAAGUUAAAACAAAGGGUUGUCCUACACUUUACACACAGUAUAAAAAAGGACACACAAUUGACUAUGAGCCUCAGGGGGGCGAAUAUUUUUGACCCUGGUAGUUUUUAGUUUUCAUGAAAUAGUUUUGUUUCUGUGUGCAAAGUAAAAUAAUGUAAGGAUCCAAAAUCAAUAACCUUCAGCUCUUGCUGGGGCGGUUCACGGCUGAGUGUGAAGCGGCUGGGAUGCGAAUCAGCACUUCCAAGUCCGAGGCCAUGGUCCUCAGUCGGAGAAAGGUAGAUUGCCUUCCCCGGGUCGGAGGGGAGGUCCUGUUAAGUCCCUUAAGUGGAGGAGUUCAAGUAUCUUGGGAUCUUGUUCACGAGUGUGGGUAGGAUGGAGCAGGAAUUUGACACGCAGAUCGGAGCGGCGUCAGCAGUGAUGCGGACGCUUAACCGAUCAGUCAUGGUGAAGAAAGAGCUGAGCUGUAAGGCGAGACUCUCUUUUUACUGGUCGAUCUACGUGACGAUCCUCACCUAUGGCCAUGAACUUUGGGUAAUGACCGAAAGAACAAGAUCGCGGAUACAAGCGUCUCAAAGGGGUUUCCUCCUCAGGGUGGCCGGGCUCAGCCUUAGAGAUAGGGUAAGGAGCUUGGACACUUAGGAGGCGCUCAGAGUAGAACCGCCGCUCUCAACGUCGAGGAGAGCCAGCUGAGGUGCCUCUGGCAUCUGGUUAGGAUGCCUUCUGGAUAAGGCUGCACGAUAUUGGAAAAAACUAACAUUGCGAUUUUUUUCAACCCUGCGAUAUAUAUUGCGAUAUUAAAAUUAUAGGAAUUUUCACCAGAUGACCUGAAUAGCAUUUAAUGUUAUGCUGCACUGCUGAAGUCUUGAGGACAGUUAACCUGCACUGAUCUUACCUCUUUAUGUGAAUGUUAGUAGAAUGGCUUCUGUCUGUCUCAGAGAUAUUUUUAGCUUUUAUUGUGCUGGGACAGAUGAACACAGAAGACGUGUUUUGGUCGACAUCAUCCUUCUUUUAACCAAAAUAAUUCCAGAUAACUGACUUUUCUUUUCUUUUUGGCAACAAAUCUUCAUCUUCUGUGGUUUUCUCUUGUUCGUUGCUCAUUUUGCAAUCGUUGUUGUUGUUGUUAGCGGUGUUGUGCCGAGAAAGGCAUGUCCUCCGAGAAUUGCAUGCACCUCGCAAAACGCGCACCGCUUAUAGUAGAGUGGUCCACGGAAAUAUACAUUUUAAAACCCAUACAGUUCUUAUUUGUUGGGCUUAACAGUCAUGAGUAAAGUUCCGAAAGUAAUUCUCAGCGGACACGCGUUUGUCGGCUCAACACCAGCAACCAGCGAGUUACUCCAUGUGCAGAACAUGUGCAGGGGUGGGUUUCCUCCUCUCUGAUUUUGAUUGACAGCUGGCAGGGUAGUCUGAUUGGCAACCGAGAACUGAGUCUGAUUGGCAACUGAGUAAAGGACAAAGGUGAUUGGUGGAUCGCUGCACAGCACAUGCAGUCACAUGCAGUGCAUCUCAGUCAGCUACCCUUGAAAUUAACUGAGUUCAUUCACCUCCGACAUCGCAGGCUCUGCGAUGUGACUAUCGCACACACGUACAUCGCGAUGACGAUAGUCAAACGAUAUAUCGUGCAGGCCUACUUCUGGACGCCUCCCGUUAGAGGUGUUCCAGACGUGUCCCACCGGAAGGAGACCUUGUGACCGGCCCAGGACCAGGUGGAGAGAUUAUAUCUCUUGCCUGGCCUGGGAGCGCCUGGGAAUCCCCCCCAAAGGAGCUGGUGGAAGUGGCUGGGGUGAGGGCCAUCUGGGCUUCCCGCCGGAAGACCCGGACCCUGAUGAAGCGAAAGAAAAUGGUGACGAUGAUCCAAAAUGAAACUAGGAUGUUUGGAAAAGCUGUGUAAAAAAAAUCAUUUAGCUGUUGAACAACACUUUGGAAAUUUUGGAAAAAAACUUGGGGGUGAAUAAUUUUGGCCACAACUGUUUAUCCAAUCAGAGGUUCAUGAAAGUGAUUAUACUCAAAACAUGCAGACCGCACCAAGUAGAAAAAUAAUCAGAGAAACCCAGAGGUGGGAAUUGUGGAGUCAGCAAGUCAUUUCCAUGCCAUGUAUUUGUUCUGCUCUGUCACUGAACCUGCUGCUUCCAAUGAGCAGCCAGGAAGGUGAGCUCAUUAGUGAACGCACCUGGUUCAGUAACUAAGCAGAACAAAUACAUGGCAUGGAGAUGACUUGCUGACUCCACAAUUACCACCUCUGGAGAAAACCGACGGACUAACCUGAAAGUGUUUCAAACUAAAACCGACUCACUUCCUCUGAUGGAGGUCUGCUGACUGACCGUCCUCUUCUCCUCCGUAGGCUCUCCUCCAUCCAUACUUCUUCUCCUCUCCUCUUCCCGCUCAUCACUCCGAGCUGCCCAUCCCUCAGAGGGGGGGCCGACCUCCCCGCCAGCGCCUGCAAGCUCCGCCUGCUGACUUCUCAUUGGACCUUCCUCUCCAGAGCAGCGUGGUCGACCCCGUGCUGCUGAGGGAACACGCUUCCUGCCUCUGAGGGAACAAACAGACGGAAACACUGACCGUGAAUUUACCCGUCAGCUCUCUCUUUAUCGAACUGUUCAUUAAAACCUGUUAAUAAAAAGUUUGCAGUCCAGUCCAUAAAACCCUCAGGUCUAUGUGAGACUCGACUCUGAUCUGUUGGGACUUGUUCAGUCUCCUCUGUAUCAAAGUUAAAACCAGACCAUCAUCUUUGACUGUCCCCUUAGACCUGAGGAGGCUCAUUCUGAAAGUCUUGUUGACUGAAUCUACACAGAUUUAUUAGAAACAGCUCAUAGAUAUUUGCAAUGACAACACUUUUAAUUGAGUAAUUGAUAUAAAUCAGUGGUUCUCAACUGGUCUCACUCUGGGACCCACAUUUUCCCUUGGUCCUUAAGUCGUGACCCACUUUCAUAAAAUUCAAACCAAGCAUAUUUAUUUUUUAUAUUAACAAAAACCUUUAAAGACUCAAAUCUUUAACAUAAAUACACCCAUUUUAUUGAGUAAAGUGCAUUUUGGGGUAAGAUGAUCCAUUUUUUAUAUUUGGGAUAACUACAUCAAGUCAAUCCUAGUUUUAUCUUUAACUAGUGUAUCUGCAUAUUUCAGGAUGUUGUUCAUCCCUGCAAACCAACGGAAUGAGUGUAAACAGAACUGUUAUCUUGAUACUGCAGCAUGUUAAAAAAAAAGUGGUCUCCUAUGGUCAACCUACCCUGUGUAUGUGGUAAGUUGACCAUAGGAGCGGGGUAAGUUGAGCCGUAUCCUUACUACCCCACUUCCCCCCCCAGCCCUCCCUCACCUUCUCUCUCCCUAAAUAACAGUCACUUCUUCACAUUUAUGUGUAUUUUUGAUCUAUUAUACACUAUUUAAUUGGUACAAUCAUUCUUUUUAUUAUUAUUACAUAUAACUGCUAAAAAGCUGUUUUGUAAAAAACAAAAGAUAACACUUUACUUGACGCCUAUCUCUAUAACGCACUAUAAAUAUAUGUAUAAUGCGUUAUAAUCAGAUUAUAGAUCUGUAUAACAAUAGUUAUAAACUAAUAAAUGAUGAUAAUGCUUUAUAGCUAGAAUCAUAACACAUUAUAAAGCAUUUUAUCAUGACUUACAAGGUCAGGUAUUAAAAUGUGUUAUGCUUAUUGUUAUAAAGCCUUAUGAUAAUUAAUGAGUGUUUACCAUGAUAGUUACACGAGUUUAUAAACAAAUUCUAACUCAUAAUUAUAUAUGUAUAAAGCAUUAUCUGUGUGGACAUUGUGAGUGAGUUGUUAACAGUGAUAACACAUUAUAACACCUGACCUUGUAAGUCAUGAUAAAAUGAUUUAUGAUGUGCUGUUAUUAUUUAUUUUUUAUUGCUAUAAAGCAUUAUGAUCGUUUAUGAGUGUUUAUAACUAUAGUUAUACAGUGCUAUAAUGUGAUUAUAAUGCGUUAAACAUAUAUAUUUAUAAUGUAUUAUAGAGAUAGGCGUCAAGUAAAGUGUUACAAAAAAACAACAUUUUAAUAUGAGAAUGCCUGACACCACAAAUUAAAUCCAGAAAAUUCACAUUUUUUUGGAGCUGAAAUGUUUAUUUCACUUACGACUGAAAACCAAAAUAAUCAAAAUGUCUAAGAUGUAACAAUUAUAUUUAUUUACCUCAUUUGAUACAUCAGAUGUUUUUGGAAACUGAUAAACUACAAGAGGACAUUUUCAUCAUUUAUUGGACUGUAUUCAGGUAUUUUUUUGUAAUCUGUUGAUCAUAUUGAUUUGAUAGAAGUAUAUUAAAGUAUUUAUCAAAUAUGAUACAAAAGGCAAUAAAGAGUUAAGUGAUUCAGAA